AUGGCUGGCCUUUACUACGGCUCGCACGAUGAGCCGGGGGCGAAAUCAAUGGCCAAGAUAUGCCGGAUUUGUGGGGACGAGAUCGGUUUGAAUGAGAAUGGGGAGGCUUUCGUGGCUUGUCACGAGUGCGGUUUUCCCGUUUGUCGGCCUUGUUAUGACUAUGAGAGGAGUGAGGGCCACCCCAAUUGCCCUCAAUGCCAUGCUCCUUACAAGAGCCAAAACAAAGGUCGUCCAAGGGCUAGAGAGGAUGAUGAACACGAUAAUGAUGAUGAUUUCGAAGAUCAAUUUCAGCUCAAGAAUCGUCAAUCUUAUUCGGAAGCAAAAUUCACAGAGCACAAAAUUCACAACAAUGGCGACACCAAUCCUUCUGUGGCAGGAAGUGUUGCAGGUAAGGAAUUUGAAGGUGAAAAGGAAGAGCUCAACAAUGAAGAUUGGAAGGAACGAAUGGAGGCGUGGAAAACGAGGCAGGAAAAGAGAGGUCUCGUCACCAAAUCAGGCGAUGGAGGACAUGAUCAAGAAGACGACGACGACGACGACUUUCUUCUCACUGCUGAAGCCCGGCAGCCCCUGUGGCGGAAGGUCCCCAUCCCAUCUCGUCUCAUCAGCCCCUACCGCAUAGUCAUCGUCAUCCGUUUCGUCAUCCUCUGCUUCUUCUUCCAUUUCCGUCUCUUGAACCCGGCCCGCGAUGCUUACCCCCUCUGGAUCAUAUCUGUCAUAUGCGAGAUCUGGUUCGGGCUCUCAUGGAUCCUCGAUCAGUUCCCCAAAUGGUGCCCCAUCAACCGUGAGACCUACCUCGACCGCCUCUCCCUGAGGUUCGAGCGUGAGGGAGCGCCCGACCGGCUUAGCCCUGUCGACUUCUUUGUGAGCACAGUCGAUCCACUCAAGGAACCACCCAUCAUCACGGCCAACACGGUUCUCUCGAUCCUGGCCGUUGAUUACCCGGUGAAUAAGGUGAGCUGCUAUGUGUCGGACGAUGGGGCUUCCAUGCUCCUGUUUGAUACACUGUCCGAGACAGCAGAGUUCGCUAGGCAGUGGGUCCCGUUUUGUAAGAAAUACAGCGUGGAGCCAAGGGCGCCCGAGUUUUACUUUUCGGAGAAGAUUGAUUACUUGAAGGAUAAAGUGCAGACUACGUUCGUGAAGGACAGAAGAGCCAUGAAGAGAGAAUAUGAAGAGUUCAAGGUGAGGAUUAACGCAUUGGUGGCUAAGGCUCAAAAGAAGCCGGAAGAAGGAUGGGUGAUGCAAGACGGGAGUCCGUGGCCUGGGAACGAUACCCGUGAUCACCCUGGCAUGAUUCAGGUAUAUCUGGGAAGUGAGGGGGCACUUGAUAUUGAAGGUAAGGAGCUCCCACGGCUAGUGUAUGUCUCACGUGAAAAGCGGCCAGGAUAUCAGCACCAUAAGAAAGCUGGUGCAGAGAAUGCACUCGUCCGAGUUUCUGCAGUGCUUACAAAUGCGCCUUACAUUCUGAAUCUGGAUUGUGAUCAUUACCUCAAUAACAGCAAAGCUGUGAGGGAAGCCAUGUGUUUUUUGAUGGAUCCCCAAGUAGGCAAGAAGCUCUGCUAUGUCCAAUUCCCUCAGAGAUUUGACGGUAUUGAUCGGCAUGAUAGAUAUGCUAAUCGCAAUGUCGUUUUCUUUGAUAUCAACAUGAAAGGCCUAGAUGGCAUCCAAGGGCCCGUAUAUGUCGGCACUGGUUGUGUCUUCAACAGGCAGGCAUUGUACGGCUAUGACCCACCGGCAUCCGAGAAGCGGCCCAAGAUGACUUGCGACUGCUGGCCCAAGUGGUGUUGCUGCUGUUGUGGAGGAUCGAGGAAGUCAAAGGACAAGAAGAAAGGACUCAAGUCCUUACUUGGGCUGGGAAAAUUGUACAGCAAGAAAAAGAAGAAAAUGAUGGGCAAGCAGUACACUCGUAAAUCAUUCACACCGGCUUUUGAUCUUGAGGAAAUUGAAGAAGGUUUGGAGGGUUAUGAUGAGUUGGAAAAGUCCUCACUCAUGUCUCAAAAGAAUUUCGAGAAACGGUUCGGUAUGUCACCUGUUUUCAUUGCAUCGACUCUCAAAGAAGAUGGUGGUCUUCCUGAGGGGACAAACCCGACAUCACUGAUCAAAGAAGCUAUUCAUGUUAUUAGCUGUGGCUAUGAAGAAAAAACUGAGUGGGGAAAGGAGAUUGGAUGGAUUUACGGUUCAGUCACAGAAGACAUUUUGACUGGCUUCAAGAUGCACUGCAGAGGAUGGAGAUCUGUGUACUGUUCUCCCAAGAGACCUGCUUUCAAAGGGUCAGCUCCCAUCAAUUUAUCCGACAGGUUGCACCAAGUUCUGAGAUGGGCACUUGGUUCGGUCGAGAUCUUUAUGAGCCGCCAUUGUCCACUUUGGUAUGGUUUUGGAGGGAAACUAAAAUGGCUGGAGAGGUUCGCGUAUAUUAACACCAUCGUGUACCCAUUCACUUCCAUUGCUCUACUUGCCUACUGCACACUUCCGGCAGUGUGUCUUCUCACUGGGAAAUUUAUUGUCCCCACUCUGAACAACCUGGCGAGCAUAUGGUUCAUUGCCCUCUUCCUCUCCAUCAUCGCCACAGGCAUUCUCGAGCUCCGUUGGUCGGGUGUCAGCAUCGAGGACUGGUGGCGAAACGAGCAGUUUUGGGUCAUCGGUGGUGUCUCGGCCCACUUAUUCGCCGUCUUUCAGGGCCUCCUCAAAGUGUUGGCCGGUGUCGACACUAACUUCACCGUAACCUCAAAAGCUGCUGACGAUGCUGAGUUUGGCGAGCUGUACCUCUUCAAGUGGACCACACUAUUGAUUCCCCCGACAACCCUCAUAAUCUUGAACAUGGUUGGUGUUGUGGCGGGUGUCUCGGAUGCCAUCAACAACGGGUAUGGGUCGUGGGGCCCGCUUUUCGGGAAGUUGUUCUUUGCGUUUUGGGUGAUUGUGCAUUUGUACCCGUUUCUCAAGGGGUUGAUGGGGAGGCAGAACCGAACUCCCACGAUCGUGGUCCUGUGGUCGAUCUUGCUGGCGUCGAUAUUCUCGCUCGUCUGGGUGAGGAUCGAUCCUUUCCUGCCGAAGCAGACAGGGCCGAUUCUCAAGCAGUGUGGGGUGGAGUGUUGA